AAUGACUCAAAACGCCUCUGAAAUGAACAAGUUCAUCCAAAGUAGAAUUGAUAGGGAUGUGAGACAGCUUAAACAAAAAUUCAGGAAUACAGCAGACAGAAUAAAAGGACUCCGGGUGAAAAGGAAUAUUACCGGCAUUAGGCAAAUUUUAUCAGAAGAAGCAAGGGAAAUUAAAAAUCUCAGUGAGAUAAGUACUAUCCAGACCAAGAAAUCCUCCCACAAAAAGCUCUCAAGACCGAAGACAAUAGAAAGUGUUUAUUUAAGAACAAGCUGGAUGUUUAAAGUUCCCCAUAAAAAUCACCUUCGGUCAAAUGGAGCUAGAAGUCCAAACGAGAAUAAAAUUAGGAUGAACUUCAAAUCUUUAAAGCCUAAAUAAAAGAAUCACUGGUAUCAAUACAUAUCAAAAGGUUACUCAAGAGCCUAUAAAAUUAUUACAAUCAUUCAAGUUAACAGGCAAGAAAAAGAAAAUUAAGAAAUGAUUCAAAAAGCCAACAAUUGAUGGUCUCGCUUUCAGUCUGACUCAAGAGAACUAUUCUGGGCUACAUACAAGUAAAAUGCCUCUUAAUUUGAGCAUUUUUAAGAAUGCUGUGAAUAAGACCGGUUCUUACGAAUUUGAUCAGAGUAGUCAUAAACCUAAAAUUGACCCUGAGGAGACUAUCCAAAGUUUUACUUAUGCAUCAGCAAAGCCAAAAUAUCGACCAAAAUCAUAUUUCAAAAAGAGGAGAAGUCUUGAAAAGAAACUUAAAGUAAUGAAGAACAAAUGGCCAAGAGAAAUGAAAAUUCCAAAGAAUUUCAUUACUUUUUACCCUUCCUUAUAUUUAGAGUAGCAGCUAUCCUCACUGAUAUAUUUUCCAAUACUCUUAAGAAUGGAAUUCUUGAUAUUUUUUAAAAUUCAAU